GGUCAAGCUGCAGACUUUCUCCCACAACAUCUGACUUUUACAAGAUCCUAGUGACCGGGUGCACAGCAUGAGGCUGUUGUGGAAAUCUGUGGACAAGAUGAGGUGUCUGAGGAAACGCUCCACUAUUCCCUUCCUCGGCUUCCUCAUCACCUUCCUCCUCUUCCUGAACCUCUACAUCGAGGAUGGCUACGUUCUGGAAGAGGAUAAGCGGCAGCUCAGGGAAGCAUUAGUCCACCCACCAAGCUCAGAACGAUACGUUCACACUCUCAGAGACCUUAGUAAUUUCUCUGGAGCCAUUAAUGUCACGUAUCGUUAUCUUGCUGGAACCCCGCUGAACCGCAAGAAGUAUCUUACCAUUGGACUGUCUUCAGUGAAAAGGAAAAGAGGGAACUACCUUCUCGAAACCAUCAAAUCCAUCUUUGAUCAGUCCAGUUACGAGGAACUGAAAGAGAUAGUGGUUGUGGUCCACCUGGCCGACUUUGACCUGGCCUGGUGUGAGAACCUGGUGCAGGAAAUCACCAGGAAGUUUGCUCACCACAUCAUAUCCGGACGCCUCCUGGUGAUCCAGGCACCAGAGGAGUAUUACCCAUCGCUGGAUGGAUUGAAAAGGAACUAUAAUGACCCGGAGGACCGUGUCCGUUUCCGCUCGAAGCAGAACGUCGACUACGCGUUCCUCCUCAACUUCUGCACGAACCUUUCUGACUUCUACAUGAUGUUAGAGGACGACGUGCGCUGCUCCAGGAACUUCCUGACAGUGCUGAAGAAGGUGAUCACUUCCAGAGAAGGCUCCUACUGGGUGAUGCUGGAGUUUUCCAAGCUGGGCUACAUCGGGAAGCUGUACCACUCCAGAGACCUCCCACGUCUGGCUCAUUUCCUGCUCAUGUUCUAUCAGGAGAUGCCCUGUGACUGGCUCCUCAUCCACUUCAGGGGUCUGCUGGCCCAGAAGGACGUGAUCCGCUUCAAGCCCUCGCUUUUCCAGCACAUGGGCUACUACUCAUCUUACAAAGGAGCGGAGAACAAACUGAAGGACGAUGACUUUGAGGAAGACUCCAUAGAUAUUCCUGACAACCCCCCUGCCAGCCUUUACACAAACAUCAACGUCUUUGAAAACUAUGACGCCACCAAGGCAUAUAGCACAGUGGACGAAUACUUUUGGGGGAAGCCUCCAUCCACCGGAGACUUCUUUGUCAUAGUCUUUAACAAAUCUACCAAAAUCAGUAAAAUUAAGAUUGCCACUGGUUCUGACGACCGGCAGAAUGACUUUCUUCACCACGGAGCUCUGGAAGUGGGAGAGAAGCUGGUUGGGACUAAAAAAGGAAAACAGUGUUCAUCUUAUAUCACAUUAGGGGAGUUUAAAAAUGGCAACAUUGAGGUUCAAGAUGUAGACCACAAGAUUGCCUUUGAAAUUGAGUGUGUACGCAUUGUUGUGACGGCCAGUCAGAAAGAAUGGCUUAUUAUUAGGAGUAUAAGUUUAUGGACUACACAACCUCCCAGCCAAUGA